CUACGCACACGCCGUAUACCCCGUGUGGAGCCAAGUGGCACGGAGUUACUGAAAUUGGAAAUGCGCCCCAACAUUCAGUAGCUCAUUAUCGUGAUCAGUUAUCAUUGAUUCGUCCGGGCCAGUUUCUGUGGACACCAUAUACAGAUUGUAUCCUGCCCGAUUACUGCAUUGAUUCGACCACAUCCUACUUGUGCGACACAUAUUUGGUGUGCUGGUCAUUUGUCGAGGCACACGAGGCUGGACGCGUUUGCCGACAAUUCAACCGCUACCAGCGUAUUCCUCAGUAUUGUGAUAGGAUGCUACAUAAUGCCGGACAUCUGUCUAAAAGUCACCGCCGUGGGAGGAAGGGCGCCGAUUGGGCUAAGGUACAUAAAUUCUACAUUGAAGAAUGGGAUUUGAGACACCACAGGUUCCAAGCAAAUUUUGAUCAUGCCACGAUGACCAUGGAUGGUAGCAUUAAUCCGGGCUAUAUGGCGUGGUUCAAUAGGAUCACAGUGUCGUACCUAGUUCAACCUGCGACACAGUCAACGGUUGGGAUGAACGAGUCAGCAUCUUCUAUGAUGAAAUUGGUCGAGACCAUUCAGGGGAUAUGGCAUUUGACCUCUGAACACGACACAGACCCUCGAUUACGGCAGAUUCGUGCAAUGGCUGCUGAGGCGCUUCGUACGACGGACCAUACUGAUGUGAUGGAGUAUCCAACAUCGCAACGGCGAAAUGUGGUCAUGCCGCCACGCCCACCAACUUCUCUUCGUCAUGGACUGCCGGGUGUCCGGACGGGAGGACACGGGAUUACACGACAGCAUAGGUUGUCGCAGCAGCAACCGCCGCAACCUGAUUAUGCGGUACCAGAGCCCUAG